GACUAAUGGGCGGACUUCAUUACCCUUAACCCCUCGCGGUGCGCUCUGUGACGUCAGCUCUCACGCUUUCUAGACGGACGCGAUUUUUGAGAGCUGUCAGUGCACGGAGACUGCGGAGGACAUUCUGCCUCACUCCUUACAGGAUAACUUUUUUGCCAUUUUAUCCGACAAACAGAACGACUGUUGUCAUUUAUUUCCGUCCACUCCUGAGUCCGUCCACCUGGAGUUUGUUUAGUUUGGCGCAUAUCUGAGAAGGCACACUAAAAAGUCUUAUUAGAGAUGUCUUAUGGCAAGCCCAUGAUGGUGGAGCAUUGAGGAUACAAGAUCAAGAAGGGAAGUCAGAAAUAUUUCAGAGAAAGAGUUGUAGACCAGACCAGAGUGAUGUUGGCCCCUGAACAGGAGCUUUUGAGCUCUUCCAAACCCAUCAAAUACGGAGAGCUCAUCAUCCUCGGCUAUAACGGCUCCCUACCGAAAGGAGACCGGGGAAGAAGAAGGAGUCGUUUUGCUCUGUUUAAGAGACCCAAAGCCAAUGGAGUCAAACCCAGCACCGUCCACAGCGCAUGCAGUCUACAGGCCGCUAAGGCCAUCAGCAACAAAAAUCAGCACAGUGUGUCGUAUACGCUGUCCAGAGCGCAGACGGUAGUCGUGGAGUACACACACGACAGCACCACCGACAUGUUUCAGAUCGGCCGGUCCACUGAAAGCCCCAUUGAUUUCGUGGUGUUGGACACGGUGCCUGGUUGUCACAACAAAAGUGGCACAAUGUCGUCUCAGAGCACUAUAUCGCGAUUCGCGUGUCGGAUCGUGUGUCAGAGAGCGCCGCCCUACACAGCGCACAUCUACGCCGCUGGCUUCGACUCGUCCAAAAGCAUCUUUCUGGGGGAGCAAGCGGCAAAAUGGUGGUGCUCUGACAGCCAGAUGGACGGCCUGACCACUAACGGUGUAUUAGUGAUGCGACCGCAGCACGGCUUCACCUGCGAGUCCAAAGCAGGCUCCUGGAGAGAGAUCUCAGUCUGCGGCAAUGUCUUCAAGCUCCGAGAGUCCCAGUCCGCUCAGAAACAUGGAAAACCGCUGGUGAAUGAGUGUCACGAGCUGGUGGAUGGCACUUUAAUCGACCUGUGCGGCGCGACUCUUCUGUGGCGUUCGGCGGAGGGUCUGUCACACACACCGACCCCCAAACACCUGGAGGUGCUGUGGAGGGAGCUGAACGCGGCACGGCCCCAGUGUCCCGUGGACCUGCACACCCUGGCCUUCCCCAGCCUGGAGCGCUCCUCCAACCCUGACCACCAGCUCUGGGCCUACCUGAGCUGUGGCCACGUGCACGGACAGCACGGCUGGAGGGGCUCCACCGAGGAGGACGAGUCCCAGAGCGGAGAGGAGCCGGGGCUGGAGCAGGGUGAGCGUGAGGGUGAGUGCCCGCUGUGCUGCACCCGGGGCCUGUACGUGCCUCUGAAGCUGGGCCUUGAGUCGGGCUUCUACCUGGACACUGCGCCCCCCACGCACGCCUUCAGCCCCUGUGGACAUGUGUGCUCGGAGCGCACCACUCACUUCUGGAGCAGACAGCUGCUGCCACAAGGCACUCAACGCCUGUGUCCCGCCUGCCCCUUCUGCAUGCAGCCGCUCGCCCACCACAGGAAGAGCGUCAGGCUCAUCUUUCAGGGACCGCUGGACUGAGUGUGUGUGCCUGCGUCACUAAUCACCAACUACACCCUUGAAGGGUUACUCCACCCAAAAAAAAGAUUUAUCCCCUGCUUCCCUCACCCUCAUGGCAUCCCAGGUGUAAAUGACUUUCUUCUUUCAGACCAAUCCAAUCGGAGUCAAAACCAGUCUUAAGUAGCACGGGAAUAUGGGUCAAAAUGAUAAAUUCAAGAUCAUUUUCCAUGAAGAUAUUUAGACAAUUCCCUACCAUAAAUAUAUCAAAACUUCACUGUAGAUUAGUAAUAUGCAUUGCAAUGAACUUAAUUAGCUCAACUUUAAAGGCAAAGUUCUUAACAUUUUUUUUUUUGCACCCUCAGGUUUCAGAUUUACAGUUAUCAGUUUACAGUUAGCUGUAUCUCGUCCAAAUAUUGUCCGAUCCUAACAAACCAUACAUCAAUAGAAAGCUUAUUUAUUCAGCUGAUGAUGUAAAAAUCUCAAUUUCAAAAAAUGGACCUGAUGCACUCACUGGUUUUUAUUCACUCCUUCAGGUGAUAGUGGAUGGGGGUAUAGGGGGUGAUUUGGGCAUGUGUGUGUUUAAGACUCUGUUCCUCUCCCAAUGCACACACUCAGCUCUGAUUUCCCACAAGGCAUCUGUUCUUUGUCUGACUGGAUGCUGUUCACUGUACAUUCAGUAGUUUACUGUAGAAAAGCCACUGCGCUCGUGCCAUAAAAACAAUGUUAUGUGAGGAAUCUGUAUGAACACACUUCAGUGGGUGUGUGAAUCUGUUUUCUGAAGUCAGUUACUUUCAUUUGUGCUCGUUUCAAACUGCCGUUGAUUAUCAACUCCAAAAAACCAAUGAUUUUCAUCAACAAUGAGUCUGAAAUGAGGUUAUUAUAUUAUAUUAUUUUAUAUUAUAUUAUGUAUAUAGUAUUA